UUUGACAGUGGUUCCACGGGCACAUCAGCUGUACAUGCGAGGGCAACGCUGACCUGAUUAACUCUACAAGGGACGACGAACACAACGGCGACACACGCACCGAAGCAACCAGAAGAAACUGUGCGUGGGACUUGCUGUCAUUGCAGAGAAAUCUCCACCAAUCUAGAAACCAGCACAGAGCUAACAAGCGAGCUAUUGACUGCUGCGACCCAGAGAGAGGAAGAGGAGGAAGAAACGGACAAAUAAAGAGAGAGAGAGAGAAAGAACUUGUCCUCUCCGGACAUCAGGAGGGUGUUUUAUCACAGAGAUCAUUGUUUUGCAAAAGCUUCUUGUGGGAAAAAGUAGCCACUGAAAUGUCUAUAAUGGCCGAGCUGUCAUCAGCCCAGGUGACCGGCUGCACCUAAGCACUCCGUCGCCACCGGCCUGAGCGCCUUCAAAGAAAACAUCGACAGUGUGGUGGACCAAGGAAGAAAAAGCACAUUUUUUGUCUGGAUUAUUUUUACCUGGAGCUUUUUAUUCUUCUUUUUUACCCCUGAUUUGGUGGCUUACCUUGGAGAGGAAGGGAAAAAAAACAAGCGCUGGAGGACUAAUGGCUGCUGGUGAAUCUGGGAUUUAUUGAGCUGUUCAUUACCGCACGGAAAGGAGGCGGCUGGGGCUCGAGGGUCCGUGUGCAGGAAUGCAGAUCCACGUACGGAGGCCGACCAUACAGCGACGUGUUUGAGCAGCCGAGCCCGUGAAGGCCCCCCGGGAGGCGGCCAUGUUGGAUCUCUCCCUCGGAGUGCCGGUGUUGACCCGUCUUCACCCGUCGCCUCGCAGCACCUGGCUGCCGACCUAACCCCUCUCUCGCUUCCCCCAUCUCUUUCUUCCAGCGCCUGGCCAGGAGAAAGGUCCUUGUGUAAAAUGUCCUCUGCACACCACAAGCUGCUCACCUGGAGCUUACCUCACCUCCUCCUCCUCCCGCUGACCUACCUCUUGCUCCUGGCGUCUCCCACAGGUGUGUCCGCAAAUCUGUGCCGGGUGACCGGCGGAGUGCUGGGGAUGCACUGGAGCAGCGUCAUCAGCCUGGGUUGGCACUCUCUGGCCAGAGGGAGAGGCGGGUCGACGUGCUGGGAGUCCUGCUGCCUGACCCCCAGCUGCAGCGGCGUGUGGAGCCUCGGCGGCCAAUGCGUCCUCCUCCGCUGCACGAGGAGCACGGGCUGCCCCGUCAGCAUCCUGCCGCAACCCCACCACGAGUCCCUCGGCCUCCUGCAGCUGCUCUCGAAGAGUCCUGUCAUCACAGCGAGACGUAGAAGAGCUCUUCACGCACGGCACACAGGAAACCACGAGCUGCAGGCGGCACGACUAACCACCACGGAGAAAGUGGGAAUGGCUCCGCCGGCCGCCGGCGCCGUCGCGCUGCUGCAAACGGCCCAAAAGAACCAGAGACGGUCGGCCAAUGGGAGUGCAGACGUCCCUUCGGCGCCGUCCCGGCAGAACCCGACGGCCGCCGCAGACACCGCGGCGUCUCCCAACGGCAGCGACGUGAGCACGCCCACAGCGGCGGCACCGGGCCUCAUCACCACGCCAACGCAGGCCGUGAGGGAGCUGGUGGUGUCGGCGGGACAGAGCGUGGAGGUCACGCUGCCCCGCAACGAGGUCGAGCUCAACGUCUUCGUGGUCUCGCCGCCCCCACCGGGGACAAACUAUAAAUUUGACUGGCGUCUGAUAACUCACCCCAAAGAUUACAGUGGGGAGAUGGAAGGGAAGGACUCCAAGACUCUGAAACUCAGCCAGCUGACUGUGGGCCUCUAUGAGUUUGAGGUGAUGGUGGACGGGGAGGGGGCUCACGGAGAAGGUUACGUCAAUGUCACAGUCAAGCCAGAGCCGCGGGUAAACAAACCUCCCAUUGCCGUGGUUGCCCCAAAGUUCCAGGAGAUCUCCCUGCCAACCAGCUCCACGGUCAUCGACGGCAACCAGAGCACCGAUGAUGACAAGGUGGUGGCGUGGCACUGGGAAGAGGUCAAAGGUCCCCUGAGGGAGGAGAAGGUCUCCACCGACACGCCCGUCCUCACCCUCGCCAACCUGGUGCACGGGAACUACACAUUCUCUUUGACCGUGACGGACUCGGACGGAGCCACAAACUCGACCCAGGCCACCCUGUUGGUCAACAAAGCCAAGGACUACCGGCCUGUGGCCAACGCCGGCCCCAACCAGGUCCUCCAGUUGCCACGCAACUCCAUCACUCUGUACGGCAACCAAAGUACGGACGACCACGACUCCCUGUCCUACGAGUGGUCCCUCAGCCCCGAGAGCAAAGACAAGGUGGUGGAGAUGCAGGGCGUCCGGAAGCCGAUCCUGCAGCUGUCGGCCAUGCAGGAGGGAGACUACACCUUCCAGCUGACUGUGACGGACACCGCUGGACAGCAGGAGACCGCGCAGGUCACCGUCAUCGUGCAGCCAGAAAACAACAAGCCCCCGGUGGCGGACGCCGGGCCGGAGAAGGAGCUGACGCUGCCUGUGGAUCGGACCACGCUGGAUGGCGGCAAGAGCAGCGAUGACCAGAAGAUCGCCACGUACCACUGGAAACAAACCAAGGGUCCUGACGGCGUGAAGAUUGAGAAUGCCGACGGCGCCGUUGCCACGGUGACGGGUCUCCAGGUCGGCACGUACGAGUUCACCUUGACCGUCACCGACGAGCGGGAGCUGGAGGCCGCGGACGCCGUGACGGUCAUCGUCAGAGAAGAACUGGACCAGCCGCCGGUGGCUCACGUUGUGUCGGGCCCACCCGUCACUCUACCUGUCAGAACCGGCACUCUAGAUGGAUCUCACUCCACUGAUGACAAAGGAGUCAGCUACCUGUGGACCAGAGAUGAUAGCAGUCCUGCUGCGGGGGAAGUGCUGAACAACUCUGACCGCCAGGCGGUGCUGUUCCUGGGAAACCUCGUGGCUGGGAAGUACAGCUUCACCCUGACGGUCACCGACAGUAAGGGGCAGACCAGCACUGACGGCGGCACGGUGGAGGUCAAACCAGACAUAUGGGAGCGUGACCUGGUGGAGUUGGUGCUGGAGGUCUCCGUGUCCCAGAUGUCCCACCGGCAGCGCGACAUGCUGCUGCGCCAGGUGGGCGUCCUGCUGGGCGUGCUCGACAGCGACAUCAUCGUGCGAGACAUCAGUGCGUUUAAUGAGCACAGCACUCGUCUGGUCUUCCUGGUGUCGGGCGGCCCAGGGCGCCCCCCUCUGUCAGGCCGCAGCGUUGCACUCAGCCUGCGCAACAAACUGCGCAAACAGAAGAAUGAUUUCCUCAUCUACAAGGCCCGGCGAGUGGAUACAGUCAUCUGCCAGCUGAACUGCUCGGGUCACGGCGAGUGUGACUCGUACACGCGGAGCUGCGUCUGCCAGCCUUUCUGGAUGGAGAACUUCAUCAGAGCUCAGCUCGGAGAUGCAGAGAGCAAUUGCGAGUGGAGCGUCCUCUACGUGACCAUCGCAUCCUUCAUGAUUGUGGUUGCCAUAGCAACGGUUGUCUGGGGGAUGGUGUGUUGCUGCAACAGGCGUAAGAGCAAAGUGCGCAGAAGCAAAAGCAGAUAUAAAAUGCUGGAAGCUGAUGAGCAAGACAGUCUGGAGCUACAACCACCGAGAGCUGCCCGCCUGAAGCCGGUGCCCGCUCCCACCUCCUCCGCCCUCAUGCACUCCGACUCUGACCUGGACAGCGAGGACGGGCAGGGCGGGGUCCCGUGGACGGAGCAGGAGCGGGGCCAUCUCCUGCGGCCCAAGAACGGCUUCCUGAGGAACGGCCAGGGCCCGGCGAGGGCCAAGAAGCAACGGGAGGAGCUGCUAUAGCGAGAGAGGAGGGGGCGGCAGCUCGCCGCUCGCCUCGUUACCCCUCGCCCAACACGGACACCUCGCCCCCGUCGACCGUGAAGACCGGACCGCGGGAGCGAGAGGAGCGACACGUCGUCCUGCUGCCACGGAAAACACCGACGCCACUGUGCUGACGUUUCCCUGCUCCCACGCUGAGCCACGAUGGAAGGAAAAAAACGAGCUGAGAACUCGACUUUACUCGGCGUAAAAAUAUAACAUAGACCCGUAUUAUUGAACACAGAGAUGUAGAGAAUGUAAUGUCACCCCUCUAACUGAGGGCUCACAAGGUAACGCGUGCGAUACCCUGCUUCCUGUAUUGAAAGAAGAACAAUGGAUGGCUUGGAUGACACGAAAACCAGCCACUUGACACGCUCGCAGCAUCUGGCAGACACGCAUGUAACGCACACAAAGACGUCCGAACCGCACGGGUCAACUCGAUGCUUCCAAACUGCCACGGAGGAGAAGCCGGCGGUUAACUCUGAGCUGACUGUUGGUGAGCCAACACACACAAAACAACCAGAACAAGAGCCAUGACGGCAACGAGUAUGAAGGAGGAGAAAAACUAAAUCCUGUGCAUGAAGGGGGACCGUUCUGCUCCGGCUUGAUACGGGAAUGACCGCCUGCAUGUGUGUGUGUGUGUGUGUCGGGGGGGGUGUAGGUGUGGAUUUAUACCAUGUAAAGAUGCUUCUUCAGAGCA